AUGGCUGUUGCUUGUUGGGAUGACUCCCUUGGCCUUGAGGUACUGAUGGAGAUGGUCGAUUUUGCUGAUUUUACUACGGUCGGGGUGGUAGGGCUACUGUCAUGGAACCUUGUUCUAGCUUUGCAAUUUCCGUCAUCUUUUGGAUGCGGAGCUAUUCUAGAUUCUUCGGGAAUAGGAAGAUUUGGUAAAGGAGUAUCUGGAAGAGGUGCACUUGUGAAGGAUUAUGCAGAUGAAAUCAAUGAUGCUCCCAUCGAACAAGUGCGGCUCACCGUUCCUAUCACUGACGAUCCGACAUUGCCUGCUUUAACGUUACGAACAUGGGUCCUAGGACUCAGUUCGUGUGUUUUUCUUGCUACUAUAAACAAGUUCUUUAGUUACCGUCAAAACCAAAUGAGGAUACCAGGGAAUUGUAUCUUAAUCAUAGCUUUUCCGAUUGGGAAGCUGAUGGCAGCCACACUUCCAUCGAAACUAGUAAGGAUACCAGGGACGAGGUGGACAGCUUCGAUGAAUCCUGGACCGUUCAACAUAAAAGAGCAUGUCUUGAUCUCGGUCCUUGCCUACGCAGGGACCUUACCUCCAUAUUCACUAGCGAUUGUGUCCCAGAUGAAGGUUUUCUUUCAUAGGAAAAUCAAUCCCUUGGCAGCCCUAUUGGUAACCCUAACAAGUCAACUGUUGGGCUAUGGGUUUGCUGGACUAUUUAUCAAGAUCCUCGUUGAAUCUCCCUACAUGUGGUAUCCUGCCCUCAUGCCUUUUGUUUGGCUCUUCAGGACAUGGCAUGAGAAGAUAGUAAGGCAGAAAGGACAGCUAACAAGACUCCAGUUCUUUAUAAUAGUUGCGAUCUCAAGCUUUGCCUAUUACAUUGUUCCUAACUAUUUCUUCCCUUCCAUAAGUGCCCUCUCAUUUGUUUGUUGGAUUUGGAAAGACUCUGUCACAGCCCAACAACUAGGCUCUGGUUUCCAUGGCUUUGGCUUUGGUGCUUUCGCUUUGGAUUGGUCUACCAUAUCUAGUUUUCUGGGCAGUCCUUUAGUAUACCCGGUGUUUGUAGCAAUAAACAUGAUUGUUGGGUUUAUAUUAAUCCUUUACAUAAUAACCCCCAUUGCUUAUUGGACUAAUUCAUACAAUGCCAAGCGAUUUCCGCUCUUUUCUUCUGAUCUAUUCGAUGCUAAUGGAAAUGUAUAUAACAUCUCUCGAGUUAUGAAUCCAAAAAAGUUUGUAUUUGACCAACAUGGAUACGACAAUUACUCAAAGAUCUACCUAAGUAUCUUCUACGUAUACAGUUUUGGUCUGACGUUUGCCUCCAUAACAGCUAGCCUCACUCAUGUUGCUCUCUUCUAUGGGAGGUCGAUUUGGGAUCAAUUAAAGGAGGCAUAUUCAAACGAGAAACAGAUGAAUGAUAUCCAUUCUAGGAUAAUGAAGAAGAAUUAUGAUCCUAUACCUCAAUGGUGGUUUUAUGCUAUCUUGAUUUCGAUGUUGGGCCUUGCAAUUUUUGCUUGUGAAGGAUUUGGAAAACAGUUUCAACUUCCCUUCUGGGGAGUUCUACUUGCAUGUGCAAUAGCUCUUGUAUUUACCAUUCCUAUUGGUGUACUUAAAGCGACAAUGAAUCAGAGUAUAGAGCUAAACAUUGUGUCCGAGUUGAUAUUAGGGUAUCUGUACCCAGGAAAGCCUCUUGCAUAUCUGACGUUCAAAUCCUACUGCAUGAUUUGCUUGUCCCAUACUCUCGACUUUAUUAGCGACAUGAAGCUAGUUUACUACAUGAAGAUUCCUCCAAGAUCAUUCUUCUUUGCUAAGAUAAUAGGCAUGGUGGUCUCUUCUUCAGUUAACUUCGGCAUGACAUGGUGGAUACUCUCAAGCGUGGAGAACAUCUGUGACUUGACCAAGCUGCCGAAAGGGAGCCCAUGGACAUGCCCCAGUGAACAUGUGGGCAACUCCAUAUUAGCCAUAUGGGGUGUGGUGGGCCCUUCCCGCAUGUUUGCACCAUAUGGGCAAUACUCGAUUAUGUACAUCUUCUUCCUUGUUGGCUUGCUGGGCCCAGUGGUUGUGUGGAUCAUGACGCUUGUUUUCCCUACAAAGAAGUGGAUCAGACUCAUCAACGUUCCAACUAUAUUACUGACCGCAACUUACAUGCCCCCGGUUAGUGCAUUGCACUUCUGGUCAUGGUUCCCAGUGGUUAUCUUCUUCAACUAUGUGGUGUAUAGGAAGUAUAAAGGGUGGUGGGCCAAGUACAACUACAUCUUAUCAGCAGCGUUGGAUUCUGGGACUGCUUUUAUGGCUCUUUUCACAAGUUUCACACUCCAGAGUGAGGGUGUGUAUGGGUUAGAUUGGUGGGGAUUGCCUUUGGAUGAUCAUUGCCCACUAGCAAAGUGCCCCACAGCCCCUGGUAUACAGGUUGACGGUUGCCCAGUUUUUCAUUAACAUGGUUUUUGGAAUGUAUUUA